AAACAGUGCUACCCACAGAGUGAACAAGAGAGGGUCAUUUAGGAAACGAGAAUUUUACAGAGAAAGGGAUAGAUAAAACUACGUGAGCCUGGCGAGGGUGCAGAGCAGAAAGUAGAGAAAGGAAAGUGUCCGAAGACUGCUCUCUGGGACAAGACAAGUUGUUAAAGAAAGGGACAGGAGAGAUAGGAGUGCUAUUUCAAGAGUGAGCCACAGAAGGGAAUCCACAGGCUGUCUAAGCGAGGAAGGGUCUACAGACAGUGAGUGAAGGCCAGGAACAGGGCCCAGGCCGGGGCAGGUGCGACCACCGAGGGGAUGAACUUCACAGUGGGUUUCAAGCCGCUGCUAGGGGAUGCACACAGCAUGGAUAACCUGGAGAAGCAGCUCAUCUGCCCCAUCUGCCUGGAGAUGUUCUCCAAACCGGUGGUGAUCCUGCCCUGCCAACACAACCUGUGCCGCAAGUGUGCCAACGACGUCUUCCAGGCCUCGAAUCCUCUGUGGCAGUCCCGGGGCUCCACCACCGUGUCUUCAGGAGGCCGUUUCCGCUGCCCAUCCUGCAGGCAUGAGGUUGUCCUGGACAGACACGGAGUCUACGGCCUGCAGCGAAACCUGCUGGUGGAGAACAUUAUCGACAUUUACAAGCAGGAGUCAUCCAGGCCGCUACACUCCAAGGCUGAGCAGCACCUCAUGUGUGAGGAACAUGAAGAGGAGAAGAUCAAUAUCUACUGCCUGAGCUGUGAGGUGCCCACCUGCUCUCUCUGCAAGGUCUUUGGUGCCCACAAGGACUGUGAGGUGGCCCCACUGCCCACCAUUUACAAGCGCCAGAAGAGUGAGCUCAGCGAUGGCAUCGCGAUGCUGGUGGCAGGCAAUGACCGUGUGCAAGCAGUGAUCACGCAGAUGGAGGAAGUGUGCCAGACCAUCGAGGACAAUAGCCGGAGGCAGAAGCAGUUGUUAAACCAGAGGUUCGAGAGCCUGUGUGCAGUGUUGGAGGAGCGCAAGGGCGAGCUGCUGCAGGCACUGGCCCGGGAACAAGAGGAGAAGCUGCAGCGUGUUCGUGGCCUCAUCCGUCAGUACGGAGAUCACCUGGAGGCCUCCUCUAAGCUGGUGGAGUCUGCCAUACAGUCCAUGGAAGAGCCACAGAUGGCGCUCUACCUCCAGCAGGCCAAGGAGCUGAUCAAUAAGGUCGGGGCUAUGUCGAAGGUGGAGCUGACAGGGCGGCCAGAGCCAGGCUAUGAGAGCAUGGAGCAAUUCACCGUGAGCGUGGAGCACGUGGCCGAAAUGCUGCGGACCAUCGACUUCCAGCCGGGCGCUUCCGGGGAGGAAGAAGAUGAGGAAGUGGCCCCGGACGGAGACGAGGGCACUGCGGGGCCGGAGGAAGAGCGGCCGGAUGGGCCUUAAGGUCUGCGCCUACCCGACUCUGCUCGAGAGCCUGCGCUAGGGUCGGGGAGGAUCUGCGCAGAGACUGCGGAGUAGCCCAGCUCAGUGCCUGCCCCGGGAGGAUCUUAAUAAAGAAUUCAAGCUCCCAGACCCGCAUCUCCUUUCGCUGCCCAAUCCCUCACUCUCGGCUUUGGAGGCGACCCGCCACCAUCCUGCCCUUCCUGGAACCUGAGACCGUUUGGGGGGUGGAAGCCAAAUGAACCCCUAUUGGGCACCUCCGUGAUGCCAGGAGCGAACUGGUGAGCCCAGCACACUUGGAAGAGGAUUGAGGGCAAGGCAGUGGUGCCAGGACCUCUGAGGUCCUGGGGAUUUGGGGAGCCCUGGGGUCCACAGGCACCUGGCUGAAAGCCGCUCUCCCGGAACCUCCCCCACCCCCCUCGCAUCUUGUUCCCCUCCCGCUGGCUAGGGGCCCCACCUUCCCACGGGUUCCCACCCUGCUGUAACUGCCGCACCCCCACGACAGAAGCCAACAGCUCUUCAGCACUUUUAUUAAAAAAUAGCCACGCA